AUUUGAAGCUGUCGAGCAAGCAAGCAGUGGGAUGUGUCUUGCCAAUUUUCCGGGACCACAGUCAACUACCACGAGUCCCGCACCGCUGUCCAUCGCGACAUCGAUAGCCCGCCAUGUUCUCCCGCACCGUCGCCUCGAACCUGCUGCGGCAAACAGCCCGCCCGGCCGCUGCCAUGCGGGCGACGCCCAUCCGGUCGACCUUCCGCGCCGCCUCGCCCCUGACGCCGUUCCAGAUGCGACUGCUGUCGGACCAGACGCGCAGCGCCAUCGACAAGGCUGUGGCGUCGGCGCCGGUGGUGCUCUUCAUGAAGGGCACGCCCGAGUUCCCGCAGUGCGGCUUCUCGCGCGGCGUCAUCCAGAUCCUCGGCCUGCAGGGCGUCAACCCGGCCAAGUUCGCCGCCUUCAACGUCCUCAAGGACGACGAGUUGCGCCAGGGCAUCAAGGAGUACUCGGACUGGCCCACCAUCCCGCAGCUGUACAUUGAGAAGGAGUUUGUCGGCGGCGCGGACAUCGUGCAGAACAUGUUCAAGAGCGGCGACCUGGCCAAGAUGCUGGAGGAGAAGGACCUGCUGGUGGCGGGCGAGGAGCAGUGAAGGUACGGAUGGUCAAGGGCCCGCAUAGCAUUGUCCGGUGGCCCAAGCCGUGUACGAUGACGAAACAAGACAACUUGGAGACAGAGCAGAGCAGAGCAAAAGCAGCAAGUCGGCAGCAGGCUCGGAGAUAUACCAUGCAUGGUCUCAUGUACAAACUAAGAGCACAUCUAUAGAAUCGCCAUUCCGCGUUGAGCAAGGGGCCUCGCCCCAGGCUGCCUAGGCAGGGUACGCCGCGCCGUCGCCCCGCAUGUCACUGCCCGCC